AUGGCUCUACGGCCCCUCGCGAUUUCGUGGCUCCACGGGGUGCUCCCCCUCCCUCUUACCCCCUCCUACGCCUCCGCAACUGCUAGUGUCGACCUCCUUUGUGCUAAGAAGGUCGCAGCUGCUUCCGCUCCUAGUGGGAAGCGCAGCCGCUCCAGGGGAGGCAAGGGUGGCAGGGGUGGCGGACGUGGCAGUGGAGGGGGCAGUGGUGGAGGCGGCGGGGGAGGUGGAGGUGGUGGGGGUGGUCGUGGGGGUGGAGGUGGUGGUGGGGGCGAUAGUGGUGCCGGGAGCGGUGGCGGUGGCGGUGGUGGCGGAGGGGGGAGUGGUAGUGGCAGCGAUGGUGGAGGCUUGGGUGACACUAGUGGUGGCCAGGGGCAGCAGCAGCAGCAGCAGCAGCCGCAGCAGCGUCAGCGCCAGACCCCUACUUCCCAGCAGCUUCUUGACUGGUAUGCCGGGUGUGGGGCGUCUGGGGGUCCUGGUCGCUGCCCUUAUAUCACUCGCACAGGUCCCCGCGCUGGUCGCCAGCGCAUAGGGUUUCACACUGAGUACCGCUGCUUCGCUCGGCUUAGCGACGCCUGGCGCGUCAAGUUUCUUGAUGCUACUGAGUUCCCCAACUGGGCAGACCUGCUUAGGCGUGAUGUACCUAUCUUUGAUCUUAACUAUGAGGCUAUUCUUGCUGCCAUGUAUGCAUUGAUUGCCUUGCACACCUUCACACUUGACUCUGGUGCUUCCCGCUGUUUCUUUCGCGACAGCACCACAGUCCUUCCCCUCCCUGCACCUGUUCCUGUCUCACUGGCUGACCCCUCUGGGGGCCCAGUGCUUGCACGGUCUUCCACUGUGCUUCCGUGUUUGGCGGUCCCGUAUGGUGAGCUGUCUGGUCUCCACCUCCCCUUGUUCUCUACGAACUUGGUGAGCAACGCCGUCCUUCAGGAUCACUGGACUGACACCUUUACUCCUGGAGGACAGCGUGUGGCGAUCAGCACGUGCUCCCGGACCGGCCGUCAACUGGCCACGUUCACAGGUGCGCCUGGGUCCAGUAUGUACACCCUCACCACUACGUCGCGCUCCACCUCUUUGUCUCCCCCGCUGUACAUGUCUACUCAGGUAGCUACCCAGUGUGAGUGUCGCCGGCUGUCGCACGACACUCUUCUGUGGCACCACCGCCUUGGUCACCCCUCCCUGCCUCGCCUUCGUAGCAUGCACUCUCGCUUCCUGGUCUUUGGCCUUCCCAGGUCUCUGCCUGCCCUCCCCCCCUCGCCUGCGCCACCCUGCAUUUCUUGCGUCGAGGGGCGGCAGCACGCCGCUCCUCGCUCCUCCUCGUUCCCUCCCACAGAGGCUCCACUGCAGACUCUCCACCUGGACGUGUGGGGCCCAGCCCGCGUCUGUGGACAGGGCCACGAGCGGUACUUCCUGCUGGUCGUCGAUGACUACACGCGUUACACCACGGUCAUUCCCUUGCAGCGCAAGGGGGAGGUCCCUGAUGUUUUGAUCCUCUGGAUCCGCGCUACGUUCACGCUUCCGGCCUCUCCAGAGCAGAAUGGGGUUGCUGAGCGCCGCAUUGGCUUAGUCAUGGAGGUCGCUCGUACCUCCAUGAUCCAUGCGGCUACCCCCCAUUUUAUGUGGCCGUUUGCGGUCCGAUACACCGCGCAUCAGCUCAACCUCUGGCCCCGUGUCUCCUUGCCGGAGACCUACCCCACACUGCUGUGGACGGGGAAGGUUGGCGAUGCGUCGCAUUUCCGGGUCUGGGGUGCUCGUGCCUUUGUCCGCGAUACCACCGCGUACAAGCUCUCCCCUCGGGCCAUUCCCUGCGUCUUCCUUGGCUUUGUCCCUGACACGCCUGGCUGGCAAUUUUACGACCCCGCCUCGCGCCGUGUCUUUCCGUCUCAGGACGUCACCUUUGACAAGUCAGUAGACCCUCUCGUACCUGCGCCUGUUGAGGUCACCGGUGACUCAGAUCCUGCUGGGGGUGGUGCUGUUCCUGGGGGUGCGGAGCUUGGGGGUGCGGAGCGUGGGGGUGCUGAGCCUAAGGGUGCGGAGCCUGAGCGUGAGGACCCAGGAGGUGCUGAGACUGGGGGUGCGGAGUGUGGGGGCAGUGAGCCUGAGCGUGAGGAGCCUGACGGUGCGGAGCCUGGAGGUGCUGAGCCUGCGCGUGAGAGGCAUGGAGGUCCUGGGCCUGGGGGUGCUGCGUCUGGGGGUGCUGAGCAUGCGUGUGAGGAGCCUAGGGGUGCUGAGUCUGGGGGUACUUUUGCUGACGUGACUAAAGCUGGGAGUGGUGCUUGUCCUUUGUCUCCUGGAGGUGCUGGAGUCGCUGGUCUCGGAGGUGCUCGUAGUAAAGGUACUGGAGCUGCUGGGGCUGGAGGUGCUGUGUCUGUGGGUGCUACUCUUGGAGACCCUGGGUCUGGGGGUACUGCUGCUGGAGGCACUGAGGCUAGAGACCCUGGGACUCGCAGUGCCGGUUCAGGGGGCGCUGCAGCUGGUGGAGCAGGUCCUGGAGGAGCUGGCGCUGAGGGUCCUGGAGCUGCUGGAGGUGCUGGAGCUGCUGAGGGUACUGGAGCUGCUGGAGGUGCUAGAGUUGCUGGUGCUGGUGGCACUGCACAGCCACGCCUGUUCUUCGCUCCGCCGUCUCCGUCGUCUCAGCCACCGCCUGACUCUGCGCUGCGCCAUGUUCUCAGUCUCCCUUUGUCUACUGAUCUUCCAUUACAGCCUGGCUCACCGCUGCCUGCUCCUUCUCUGUACACCGAGCAGACAGGGGGCCUUGCUGAGCGUCUCCGUCGUCCUUCCUCUCCUCUGCCGCGUGUUCCUCUGCUGUCUCCUGCUGCGUCCUCUCUGCUUGACGUUGUGGACCCCGAGUCUGACCAAUUUCGUACUGAGCACCCUACUGUCACGCGUGUGUUUGCCACUGUUGUCACUGACCCGUCGUUUGAGUCCACUGCUGCGUCUGCCCUAGUCGCUGAGCUUGUUGACUUUGCUGCUGCCUGUCGUCUAGACUACGUUGCUAGUCUUGUUGCUGAGUCUGAGUCUGUCUGUCCUCCGUCCGUCGGGGGUGAGUGUGCUCUUAGCACGGACGUCCUUGAGGACAGGCACUAG